UGGGCAUGUGAAAAACUACAACUACUCAAGCAUCAUUUGGCUUGUGAAUGUCCAAAUGUUCCACAAGAAAUUAAAGAUACUUGGCGAGAUAAUUUAGCAGUAGAUGAAAAGUCUACAAAAAGACAACAUAGAACAAAAAUAUUAAAUAAUUCUAAUUUAGAA